UUAUACAAAGCUCAAUACUUUUGUGUUUCAAAAAUGAGCUAUUUAUCGUUGCCACGAGUUCUGUCUAAUAUGACCUCACGAAACUCAACCGAUAAAAGUUCAAAAUAUUUAAGUUUAAAUCGAACUGCGGGUCAUGAGACGCACCAUAUUCAAAAAGUGUGUUCGACACUUUCCUUAAAUGAAACGGCGGAGCGACGCAAGCGGAUUCUUAAUAGAAAUGGAAGCAUAUCCAAUCAGUAUUUCCGCGGUGUUCACAAGCAUUUACUAGAGUCUCACGCAAAAGAAGUUUGUCAUUCUAUGACUAUCGACGACUUAUACGAGGAGAUCCUAUUUGAAAUUUACAAUAAUAUUGGUUGUGAGAGUAGUGAUGCCUGUAGGGAAAGUCUGGUUGAAUUCGCAAAGGAGGUAUUCAAAAUACCCAAUGCCACCCAUUUGGAAAUUUCUGAGAUUGCGAUGAAGAAGGAACCACCUAAAUUAAGGCUCAAUGUUGAAGUUAUUAAAGCAGAAAACUUACUACCAAUGGAUUCGAAUGGAUCAUCCGAUCCUUUCGUAACAUUGUACUUGGAAUCAAACAUUUCGCACCGCUAUAAUUCUUCCGUAAAAACGUCUACUCUAAGUCCCAUAUGGGAGGAGCAUUUUUCAUUACCAAUUACUGAAGGUCCUCGUGAUGAAGUUCUCAUUAUCGAAGUUUGGGACUUUGAUGCAGCGGAAACUGUCAAAGACAAGGUUAAUAAGCUGUUGGAUGUUAAGGGUGUACGCGGGCUAAGCAAGCUUAUGAAGGAAAUCGCGGUUACGGCCUCAUCUGGAAAGCAUGAUAACGAAUUAAUUGGACGUGCAAUGAUUUCGCUUAAGUCUAUUCCAGUUACUGGACUAACCGUUUGGUAUAAUCUGGAAAAAGGCAGUAAAACGAAAAGUCGCGGUUCUAUUCUAGUGAACAUUGCUCUCAGUGCCGAAAAGAAUAAGAAUGUCGCAAGUCAAGAACAUAAGCACCUCUUGAAAUUGUUACUGGUGCACGAGCUGGAUUCGUCUCAGGUGGCCAAAUAUUGGUGGAGCGGAAAAUUCGGAGCGAUGGCUGAAGCAAUCAGAACUCAACACGCCGUUCAGAGUGGUCUCUCUCCCGUUGACUGUGCGCUCUGCCAGUGGCAUGCGUAUAGCACUGUCCACGAGACUCAUAAACUGAAUUUCGUACUCUUCAAUUCAAUACUCGAUGUUCUGGCUCCAGUAAUAAACUAUUUGCAAAACGAUUCGGAGGAUGUCAAAACAUUCUGGGAGGGGGCCAAGCGGUUGCUACCAUCUUGCUUUUCAAUAUUAAGACAUUUACGCUCCAAACAAAUCAGUGAUAAUAAAAUUCUGAAGACGCUCAGUGAGGUACUAGACAUUCUCUCGAAGCUGAAAACAUUUGAGGUGCCAGCGACAAUAGAUCUAUUUCCCAAAACUGUCUAUGGCUGGCUAGAAUACGAAGACUCUGAGAAACCGAACACGAUCGAUAACGUUAUUAUUGCCGCUAUCAAUAGCGGUGCCAAAGAGUGGAUGGAACAAAUCAAAGAAGUCGGCAGUCAAACCAAGGAUCACGAUUCGGAUGAAGAGAAAUUGCAGAAUGUAAUCAAAAUCAUACAAAUGGUUCGCUCAGAUCUACAGCGUGCGAUGGAAUAUUUCGAUAAACUGUUCUACCACAAAAUUCGGGUCAGCUAUUCCACUACACUAUUUAUGUUCUACGAUUCAAAGCUGACAGAAAUAUGCAAAGCUAUUGUGGAGCAAGUAUGUUCCAACAUUAAGAAGUUGGAUGUUCCUGACGAUAACUUUGAAUAUUUGCCAAAUAUUGACAAUGUUAAUAUGGGAACAACAUUAUUUGAAGUUUAUUUGGUACUCAAACGAUAUAAUACUCUAGGACAAUCACUCUGUCCCAACUGUCAGCUGGAGAUGAAUGAAUUUUACUUGUGGUUUGACAGAGGCGUAACUCAUUGGCUUGAAAUUUCAAUUAUUAAAGCUCUGAAUCGCAUCCAGAAAGCCAUUGACUUGGACCAACUCCACGCUGUAGAUGAAACGGUUAAGUAUAGUUCAUCAGCAGUCGACACCUUAGCGAUUUUUUACCAGAUUAAGAUAUUUUGGCAACAACUGGAUUGGCCAGAUAUAGAAGGAUCCUACUUGUUUGUGGCCAAAAUAGUUAAUGAUAUAUGUCGAUGCUGCGUUUUCUAUGCACAGCGUAUGUCCCACCGCGUGGAAGCUAUAACCAAAAGGGAACAGGAUGGAGAUAUGUUUAAUUUAUCGGAGGAAUGGUGCUUGGCUAUAAAUAAUAUGGACUACAUCCGUCAAAGUUUACCUUCAUUUAUAAAGGAGCUAGGUACAGAUACUGUGAUACGACGCUUGGGAGAUUACAAAACCUACCUGGAUGCCCAACGCUGUGCCUCUACUAUAAAAGCUGUUAUCGAUAAUGCUCUUGAUACACAGCGCAACCAAAUUGUUGAGCUUAUCGAAUAUGUUGCUCGCAGGAUGUCUCCAUCGAUUCGGCGAUAUUUAACAGAAGGAGCUGAAGUACUCCACGAGAACUCAAAUUCCAUGGAAAGACUGAUGAUGUACCUGGACGGAUCAUUGCAGACUCUUUAUGUUAAUCUAAAUGAAGUCAACUUCCAAAGAGUUUUAGAUAGUAUUUGGGAAGAGCUAUCAAUAAUUAUUUAUGAUCUUGUACAAUCCAAUCUCGAUAAACGCCGUCCACCAGCAUUCUUUCAAAACUUAAGGGCCACUCUACAUACUAUGAUUUCCAGUUUUAAGAUUGGGGAUACAAAAACAUCUGAUGUUAGAAUUCUAUCGGAAAUCGAAAACACUCUUGAACUGCAUGCUCUCGAAACGGCUGAUCUUAUUCAUCAAUACUAUCUAGAACGAUUUAAAUACCAGAAACAGCAAGAGACGUCACCCUUUGGACAGCUUACAAUUAGCGCACAAUUUACAGACUCUGGAUUAGUCCUGACAAUAUUAAAUGCUCGUAAUUUGGUAUCUAUGGAUAAAAAUGGAUUAUGUGAUUCAUUCGUCAAAGUCUUUAUGAUUCCGAAUAUAAGAUUUAACGGAUUUACACCCCUCAAAACUGCCGUUCAUAACAAAAAUUGUUUUCCCCUUUAUGAUGAACAAUUUAAAAUACAUUUGACUCCAGAACAACGCCAGAUGGAAGAUAGUUUGAUUUUAUUUUGUGUUAAGGAUAAAGAUUUAUUUGGAAUGUCAAGUCAAUAUAUAGCUGAAUGCUAUAUAACGUUUGCAGAUCUUAUUGCAGCUGAGGGCGAACAGAUUCUGAUGAAUUUAUGUAGACCAGAGUAUACAGAUUCACUUUCACUACGAGCUCUGGAGUAUAGACAAGGUGAUAAGCAAGCAAAGGAAUUCCUAAAAAAGCUAAAGAACAAAUCAUAUUCGUAA